CUUCAAUCGACAAUUUAUCAAACAGAGAACGGAGACACCAGUACACAGAGUAGAAAAGGUCCCGAUCGAGAAGAAUUGAUUGUCGAACUCCAGUCAAGAUGGUUUCCGCCUGUGCGACGUGUGCUUCGCGAUUCGACAGUCCACUUGAUCCUGUGUCAGAGAAACCGCUUCUGCCAGGCCGAGAUCUCGAUUGCUGCGGACGCUCGAUAUGUGUACGAUGUCUGAACCAGAACAAGCGCUACGAAACAUACUGUCCGCACUGUCAAAUUUCAACACAGCCAUCGCUAUUACCCCAGGGCUUGAAAGACCCGCCUGCAUAUUCCUCUCUAGACAACCGAUUGCCACCUAGCAGGACAACAGACGAAGACGAGCUGCCAGCUUACUCGGAACACCAAGCUGUUCAAGCGCCUCCCGAGAAAGCCAGCCACAGCGACGAUGCUGAAGAUGUGCUUCAUUUCUUGACACCGAACGAUACCAUCUCAUCACUUUCUCUGGCCUAUGGGGUGCCUAUCAGUGCUCUGCGAAAGACGAACAAUGUCUACGCAGACCAUCUGGUACAGGGCCGAAAAACUAUCCUAAUACCUGGAGAACAUUACAAAGGCGGUGUAUCGUUGUCGCCACAGCCCCUGGAGAGUGAAGAAGAGGAGCUGAAGAAGAACAAACUUCGAAGAUGGCAAGUAGCCUGCAAAGUCGCCGAGUAUGAUGUCGCAUUGAUGUAUCUAAAAAAUGCUGGUUGGGAUUUGGACUCUGCAAUCGAUGCUUAUCGGGACGACGAACAGUGGGAGAAGGACCACCCUUUGCAGGCCCAAGAACAUGCGAAGAAAGGAAAACGGUCGGCAGGCAGCGUGGGAAGGCGACGCUUCCUGGGCAGUAAUUCCGGGUCCAGAUAGUGUAGGUAGAGGAUUGAAUACGCACUCGACGGGUCAACACUGCGUCGAAU